AUGGGCUGCUGUGGCUGCUCUGGAGGCUGUGGCUCCAGCUGUGGGGGCUGUGGCUCCAGCUGUGGGGGCUGUGGCUCUGACUGUGGGGGCUGUGGCUCCGGCUGCUGUGUGCCUGUCUGCUGCUGCAAGCCCGUGUGCUGCUGUGUGCCAGCUUGUUCCUGCUCCAGCUGUGGCUCCUGUGGGGGCUCCAAGGGGGUCUGUGUCCCUUGCGGGGGCUGCAAGGGGGGCUGUGGCUCCUGUGGAGGCUCCAAGGGGGGCUGUGGCUCCAGCUGCUGUGUGCCCGUCUGCUGCUCCUCCAUCUGUGGCUCCUGUGGGGGCUCCAAGGGGGUCUGUGGAUUUCGUGGGGGCUCCAAGGGGGGCUGCGGUUCUUGUGGCUGCUCCCAGUGCAGCUGCUAUAAGCCCUGCUGCUGCUCCUCAGGCUGUGGGUCAUCCUGCUGCCAGUCCAGCUGCUGCAAGCCCAGCUGCUCCCAGUCCAGCUGCUGUAAGCCCUGCUGUUCCCAGUCCAGCUGUUGUAAGCCCUGCAGCUGCUCUUCAGGCUGUGGGUCAUCCUGCUGCCACUGCUCCCAGUCCAGCUGCUGUAAGCCCUGCUGCUCCCAGUCCCGCUGCUGUAAGCCCUGCUGCUGCUCCUCAGGCUGUGGGUCAUCCUGCUGCCAGUCCAGCUGCUGCAAGCCCUGCUCCUCCCAGUCGAGCUGCUGUGUCCCAAUUUGCUGCCAGUGCAAGAUCUAA